AUGAGGCCGGCGCCUUCCUCACAGCACUCAGUCCUUCUUGUGACAUCCGGUUAUGACCACACCAUUCGGUUCUGGGAGGCGCUCAGUGGCAUCUGUUCACGGACGAUCCAACAUGCAGAUUCACAAGUCAAUCGUCUCUCAAUCUCACCCGACAAGCGAUUCCUUGCGGCUGCUGGCAAUCCGCAUGUACGGCUAUACGACAUCAAUAGUGCGAAUGGACAACCCAUCAUGUCUUUUGAGGGACAUACGGGUAAUGUCACGGCGAUUCAAUGGCACUGCGAUGGGAAAUGGCUGUGUACCUCUAGCGAAGAUGGAACAGUCAAAAUUUGGGAUACACGGAGUCCUACUAUUCAACGCUCAUAUUCUCACUCUGCACCUGUGACGGAUGUUGUGAUUCAUCCGAAUCAAGGGGAGCUUUUGUCUGUUGAUACGGGUGGCUCUGUACGGAUAUGGGAUCUAGGAGAGAGUUCUUGCACGCAUGAGCUUGUACCAGAGGAAGAUGUACCUAUGCGCAGUGUCACCGUUGCGAGUGAUGGCAGUAUGUUUAUUGCUGGCAAUCAUACAGGCAACUGUUAUGUCUGGAAGAUGUCGAAUCAUCGUGACCUCACCAGUCUUCAGCCUGCGACCAAGUUCAGAGCGCAUGGCAAGUACCUGACGCGCGCUAUCCUCUCACCGGACACAAAACACCUUGCUACGUGUUCAGCAGAUACGACCAUCAAGAUUUGGUCUACCGAGAACUUUGAAUUUGGGCUAGAGCGGGUAUUGAAGGGUCAUCAGCGUUGGGUCUGGGAUUGUGCCUUUUCAGCAGAUUCGGCGUACCUUGUGUCUGCAUCGAGUGAUCAUGUUGGUCGAUUGUGGGAAUUGAGCAGUGGGGAGACGAUUCGGCAGUACAAUGGGCAUCACAAGGCUGCUGUGUGUAUCGCCCUGAAUGACUUUUCCUCGUAG